AGGCAGGUCCACGUGUACUGUGUUGACUGUCAAAGUCCCUGGAAGCACAAUUUCCGGGAUCGGUGAGUUUUGAGAGAAAUACUUAGAUCCGAUUCCCGUGAGUCUGCGAAUCGCCAAGCAUGAACGCCCCAGGCGUGCUGUCCUUUACCCAGCAAAGCUGGGAGCAGGUGCUGGCCAAAGUGAAACGGUCUGUGGUCUACCUGGAUGCCGCCUGCGCGGAGAGCCUGCACUGGGGCUGCGGAUCCCCGCGGCUCCUGGAGGCGGUGGGGGUUCCUGCGUGUCACCUGCGGGAGUUCGAGCCCGACGCACGUGGUGGAGGGACCGAGCAGCCCAAGGCGGUGUUUGUGUUGAGCUGCCUGCUGAAAGGCCGGACCGUGGAGACUCUGCGAGACAUCAUCCGCCGCAGUCACUUCCAGUACUGUGUGGUGGUCACGGCGGUGAGCCACGCUGUCCACCUCACCGCUAAUCAUGUGCCCGCAGCGGCAGCAGCAGAGCUGGAGGGGCAGCAGCCGGUGUUCCAGCAGCUGGAGGAGAAGCUCUGUGAGUGGAUGGGCAACAUGAACUACACAGCCGAAGUGCUACACGUCCCGCUGUUGCUCGCCCCUGUUGCUCCCCACCUGGCAUUGACUCCAGCCUUUGCGUCCCUUUUCCCACUUCUACCUCAGGAUGUACAUCUCCUGAAUAGUGUCCGACCAGACAAGAGGAGACUGGCAAGCUUGGGUGAGGUGGAUGCCGCUGCUCUGACCCCAGAGCUGCUACUGCAGAUCAGAUGUCUGGUGUCAGGCCUCAGUUCUCUGUGUGAGCAUUUAGGAGUACGAGAGGAAUGUUUUGCGGUGGGUUCCCUAAGUCGGGUCAUCGCUGCAGAUCUGGCCAAUUAUGUCCCUGCCAAGAACAGGAAAAAAACUGCAGCGGGCAGGGCAUCAGUGGUCUUUGUGGACAGAACUCUGGAUCUCACAGGAGCGGUCGGACAUCAUGGAGACAACUUAGUAGAAAGGAUCAUCUCAGUGUUGCCCCAGCUUCCAGGCCACACCAACGAUGUGAUGGUGGACAUGGUAGAGCUGACUGCACUCCAGGCGGAGGGAGAGGAUCGCAGUGUGGUCGCACCAGGCUGUCUCGCGCAGGCCAAGGACGCUGCAGCCCGAGCGCUCUGGGCGGCCUUCCUGAGCGCGCGGCACAAGGAGGCGGUGCUGGAGGCGCGGAGACGCCUGGUGGAGGCGGCCAGCGCGGAGAGCCUGCCCGUCCGCAUGAGCCUGGGGAGAGUCACGCCAGGGCAGCUCACAUCCUAUAUUCAGCUCUUCAAGAACAACCCGAAAGCACUAAUGAAUCAUUGUGGGCUCCUACAGCUUGGGCUGGCCACAGCUCAAACUUUGAAACACCCGCAGAACGCCAAGUGGGACAACUUUCUGGCCUUUGAAAGGCUCCUUCUCCAGAGCAUCGGCGAGUCGGCAAUGCCUGUUGUGUUAAAUCAGCUGUUGCCCAUGAUCAAGCCUUCAAGUCAGCGGACCAGCGACGACUACGGCCCUGAGGAGCUGCUGAUCCUCCUCAUCUACGUCUAUUCUGUCACUGGACAGUUCACAGUGGACAAAGAUCUG